ACAGUCAAAUUCCAUAGGACAUAGAAUAACCUUUAUGUUAACUACAUUAAAUGAGAAUAAUAACCCGCCAAGGUACUUACAGUUGUAUCUUUUUUAUUUGUGUUUUCUUCGCCUAUAAUCAAUGAACACACAUUUCAAAGUACAGAAGAACAACUUCGAAAUCUCUAGCCUAUCAGCGCGACGCCCCUGACCGGAAAUUUAUAAUUAGCCAAUCAGCGUCGAACGGCUGAAUUUUCAAAACUGACCCGCCAUAUUGUUGUUAUUUUUAGUUAGCUAGCUAACUUGGAAGUCGUUUAUCCGAGUACUUCCAUCCAUAAAGGUUGCUAGAUAGUUGGACUGCUAGAACUUGGAAAUCACCAAUAAUAAUUACCUUUUCAACAGGAUCAUGGACUCCAUGGAAGCUCGUUUCGGCCACAUGCGUCAGCGUGACACCAGUGUGGACAUGCUGCGGGUGAAGAUGUCUCGGAGACGGUCGCAGUCCCAGAAGGAGAACCGAGACAAGGCCCUGAACAGCCGCAGGCAGCUUGACAAGCUCCCCGAACUGGAAUGCUCUCAACUGGACAUAUCUGUUGCAGAACAUCUGUCAGUAAUUCAGGAAAAAGCACCGAAUGCAAAGCAAGUGAAAAACACUGCAGUGGAGGAGCGAAUUAAAAAGCUUGCACGCUACAAAGAGAAUAAGGAGCUUGUGAAGGAGAAAGAGAAGAGGGCAAGGGAGAAGAAGGGGGUGUUUAAGGUUGGGCUGUACCGGCCCCAGCCCCUGGCCCCUCUACCUCAGGCCCCAGCUGCCACAACCAAAGCCAUGGCAACAACGACAGUGGUCCAGCCCCAAUCCACCAGAGUGACGCGCUCAACCAUGAGGCAGCAAGCCCCCCAGGCACCACAGACUAUUGACACUGUCCCUGCUUCAAGAAAAGUUGAACCAGCUGUGGUCAGGUCAACCAGGAGAACCAAGAUCACUAUAGAUGAACCAGUAGUCAGAGCCCCAUCCACAAGGUCAGCUAACAGGCCUCUGGUCUCUGUGGCCCCUGUGGCAAAGGACAAACCUGCUGCAGCUCCCAAGACCAGAUCAAAUACCAAGCAGUAUGCAGCACCACCUGUUGGCAGAGGGAGGAACACCAGGGGAAAUACUGAAAGCAAUAAGCAAGCUGCUGUAAAAGUGAGAAAGACAGAGGAGCCCAGGGCUGCCAGUCCCCCACCCCCCAGUGUAAAGGAGGAGAAGAUGGUAGAAGACCCUGCCCCUGCUGAUCCAGAAGCUGUCCCAGCCCAGGCUUCCUCCCUCCCCCCUCCAGCCCCUCCCCCAUCCUCCUUCGCUCCUCAGGGCUUUGUGUUCCAGGCCCCAGCAGGCCUGUCCAGGUUCAAGCCCACCCCUCUCACCCCCCGCUCUGCAGACUCCUUCUUCAAACCCAGUGUCCCUGCCUUUGUACUACCACCUGUGCCACUCUGGCUCUCUGACUUGGUGCCCAAAAUGGAGCUCAGUGCUCCCUCUCCUGCCAAGUCCCCUGUUCAAUCCCCGCCUUCUCCUACUCUGGCCCCUCAGUGUCCCCAGGAACCAGAGCAUGAUGUGCCCUACUUUAGGUUGGUGGUGGUCAGUGAGACCAAGAGACUGACAGCAUUUUGUCAGCAGUGGGAGCCCAGGGUGGAUGAUACCUCUAUCCCUGAAGAGAUGCGUGACCGUAUGCGUACUGCGGUGGGCCAGGCCAGGCUGCUGAUGAAGGAGAGGUUUGGUCAGUUCUCUGGCCUGGUGGAUGACUGUGAGCUUGGCAGAGGAGAGAAAAUCACCACAUGCACCGACUUGCAAGGCUUCUGGGACAUGGUCUUCUACCAGGUAGAAGACGUGAACAAGAAGUUUGGUGCUCUGAAGGAAGCGGAGUCUAAGGGUUGGCAGGAGGAGAGAAAGCCCCCACCACGACAGAGGAAGGUGGUCAAGAAGCCGGCCUCUGCUCUGGUGGCUAAGCCUGUCGGUGGUGCUGCCGCCAAGUCUCGUCUGGCUGCCAUCAAGGCUGCUAUUAAGGUCAAGCAGCUGGCUGCAGAGGCAGAGAAGGCAGUCCAGGCCGCAGGGCCAGGCAGUGCUGUGGACGACCCUGCUCAAGCUCCUCAGGACCCCCAGGCAGAGACCUUGGCCCCAGAGUCACCUGUGGUGGUGUUCCAGGGAGGCUUCUUCCAGGUGGAGAGUCCCGCCAAACUCACAGGGUCUGUGAGGAGAUCAACCCGUGUAGCUACCAGGCCGCCACAGGCUUCUCCCUGCUCUGUCACCAAGUUCUCCACCCCCGUCAGAACCCGCCACUCCAACGCUGCUGCAGCUGCACAGCCCUCUACUCUCCCCCGCCUCACCCCUGCUCGCUCCACCCUCACCCCUGCUCGCUCCACCCUCACCCCUGCUCGCUCCACCCUCACCCCUGCUCGCUCCACCCUCACCCCUGCUCGCUCCACCCCUGCUCGCUCCACCCCUGCUCGCUCCACCCCUGCUCGCUCCACCCCUGCUCGCUCCACCCCUGCUCGCUCCACCCCUGCUCGCUCCACCCCUGCUCGCUCCACCCCUGCUCGCUCCACCCCCACCCCUGCUCGCUCCACCCUCACCCCUGCUCGCUCCACCCUCACCCCUGCUCGCUCCAGGCUCACCCCUGCCUGCUCCAGGCUCUCCCCUACAAGUCAGUUUGAUGCCACCCCACUCUGCACCCUGGCCCCCGCUCAGAAUAGCCCCACCAGAGUCUCUCUCUGCUUCUCACCAGUCAAAGAAGCUUUGAUAGACGCCCAGUCAGAGGAAGGCCCCAGCAACCAACCAGAGCUAGUCUCGGUCCAGAAUGAAGUCACUCCUGACCAACCAGAGCCCGAGAGCAUGCAGGAAACUUGUGACCAAUCAGAGGUUGUUACAGAGCCCACUGUUUAUCAUGAGGAGCACAUUGAGAGCUGUGAGUCUGAGAAAAUGAGCCAAUCGCCAUCCAACACACAACAGCUGACCAAUGACGAAAUGCCCCAAGAAGCCUUUAGCCAAUCGGUGUUGGCUACAGAGGAGCCCAACCAAUCGGAGCUCCUGGCCGUGCCUGAAGUGAGCAGCACUGUGGCUAUCCACCUAAGCCUAUCCUCUCACUCACUCCAGGACAGAGAAGAAGAUUUAGAGGCCUACGAUAUCAGCCUACCCAUCUCACCAAGGCUUUCCCUCUCGCCCUCACUGCCCCACACUCCCACCCAUGGGGCAGAGUUCUCCCCAGUCAGGAGCCCUGCCUUGAGCUUCACCCUCUCCUCCAACCCAGCCAGGCCAAAACCUACCGAGGACAGAAUAUCUCCCCUCUCCUCACCCUGCCUGCUGCCCUCCCCUCCUACUGUCCAGGUCUCCCUCAGCGUCUCAGAUAAUGCCGACGUGACAAUGACUCCAAAUGCUUCUAUCACUGAGAGUCUUCUGGGGUUGGAGUUUGAGCGCUACCUCCAACCCGUAGCAAGCUGCAACCUGUCGCCACGGGAGGUGGCUGUUGCUGAGGAGAUGCUGUCGCCCAUGGCGAUAGACAUAGAAAUGGAGAGUCCGAUGGCUCAGUCUGGAGAGCCCACUUGGGAGGAAGUGUUGUCUCCCACAGCGUUUCCUAGUUUGGCACAAAUGUUCACCCCACGGACCACAAAGCCAGUUGAGUCGGACAUGUUGCUCUUCACCCCUGAUCAGAUGGACAGAGUGAGACAGUCAAUGUGCCCCAGUGACCUCAUGUCAUUCACACCUCCAUCUAAUAGAUAGAACAAGCAACUGAUGAGACCCAUUUUAACAGCUGUUUUUUUUUUCUCUCCAUUUCGCUCGAGACUAGUUUUUAUAGUCUCUCAAAGAAAAUAAUUUUUUAUAUGCAUUGUUACUUUUUCUAAACUCCUCUAAUUGUCAGAAAAGUGUUUUUAUGUAACUUCAACAGAUUUUCAAGAAUUUUCCUUAAACUAUUUUGUGCUAUGUCUACUACAACUUUGUUAUUGAAAUCCCAAGAGGCUCCAGGUAGUUUCCUAACUGUUAAGCACAUUUUCUAUGGUGCCCAGGUGUGUGCAGUAAAAAAAAAAAAAGCGUAAUCAAGCGUUUAUAUAUAGCCUAAAUUCUUCUAUGUUGAAUAUGCAUGCUGAAAAACCUUUUUGUUUGUGUAAAUAAAAUGUUGAUUCUUCAAA